UCCCUGGGUCUCUUCCUCAAACAUAGGACACCAAUACCCGUAGUGCUUUGCGCCGUUCAUCCUCCUCUGCCACACGUGUUGUCUUUUAACAUGGCGGCGUCCGGAGGAGCCGUGCUUGUAGAGAAUUCGAGCAGUGAAGAUGAGGAUCAAGAGAAAUUCAAGGAGGCCGCUUGGAGUUUUGGACCUACUGGUACUAAUGGCACCCUGCAGAGUAAUUUAGCUGAUGGAGACGGGAAUGGCAAGCCGAGUCGAAGGGUGCGCGUGUCCCAGCACGACCACGAUGGAAACGAACUUCAGACGACCCCAGAGUUCCGUGCCCACGUUGCAAAGAAAUUGGUAGCAAUGCUGGAUAGUUGUAUUUCAGAGAGUACUAGUCCAAAAACCAUAGACAUGUCCACUGUACCAGCAAGAGGGAAAGACGACAGCAAAGAGGAUGUUGAGGAGGAAGGUUUUAGGCUGUUCUCUACCUCUGUCCCUGGACUAUGUGCCAAACAGCCUUCUCCUCCAGCUCCCCGACGGCCAGUCCCAAGUUCGAGUGACAGUGACAGCGAAAUGGAGAUGCGACUCAGAGAGGCGGCCGUUGCAGUCACAGACCUCCUUCCUCCAUCUCUGCUUCCCAGCAUGCCUCAGUCCCUGUCCUCACCUGUCCCACCCUCUACUGAAAAGAAGAAGAAGAAGAAAAAGAAGAUGGAAAGUGAGGGAGGAGAAAGCAGAGCAGAGGAGGAGGGGGAGAAUGGCAGUUUAGAAACAAAGAAAAAGAAAAAAAGGAAACAGACUCAGGAGAGUGAGAUGAAAGCAAACAGCAAGGACUUCCUUCAUAGCAAAAAGAAGAUGGCGGAACAGGGCAGCACAGAGGACGAGAGCUUCCUCCAAAGAGAUUCAGCCCAGCAGCCAGAGGAAGCCACUGUGAAGAAGAAAAAGAAGAAGAAGAGAAGGAGUGCAGCUGAGGGUGACGGUUGAGGAGCAGGCUACACCUGAAGGACUGCUGUUAGGCUGCUGCACAUGGUGUAUAUACAUAUUGGGCUUUGUUUAUCACUUAAAUGUUUUAACAUUGCACCCAGGCCUUUUUUCCCCCCAUUAAUGUGUUUCUCAUUUGUUUCCUGUUUGAGAAUGGACUACAAAAAUGUUGAGAGUUAAGGGAGUGGGGAAUAAGUGUAAUUUCACUGGCUUUAAGCAGUAGUUCAUGGUGUUUGGGGAAUGUAACCCUCAGUAUCCACUCGUCUGCUUGAGCCAUACAUAACACCAUGUGACAUCUCCCAAAACCUAAUCCUAUAUGAGUGAUCUUGGAACUCACAAGGCCCCAUGAAGUUCAAAGAUACAUUAAUCCUACUGUACAUUUUCCGUCCAAUCUGGAGGGGGGUGUUAUAAUGUACAAGAGCUUCUGAAGGGACAUGGCCAUUUUACAAAAAGCUGUCCCAUUUUGAUCCUGGUUCGUUUGCAAAUUGAAACACUGUGUGUAAUCUAUGAGGGCUUGAGUAUAGAUGUGUGAAGUGGAUACAUUUCAGAAAUGGAAGUAAAUCGCCACUCUUGACUUCCAGAUCCACAUUCAUUGACUGAGACUACUUUGGACCAUUUUGUAAAUAUUAACCUGUUUCUUGUUUUGUUUAUACAAAUGCAGUAGUACCUUGUGGAAACUGUGCUACUGUCUCAGGUCUCUAUGAGGUAUUGACUGUAUGCAAGCAAUUUCAGGAAUAAAACAUUUUUCUAACUUUCUUCAAAA